AUGGCAAUACUCAAACCUCCCAUGCCGUCUUAUUCUGAAGUUGUGUUACUCCUACAUGGUUCUGAACAACAAAACACAUGGUUUGAAGCCUCUAAUUCACCAGCAUAUGCAAUGUUGAAAGCUCGGCUGGUUGCAAAAGGCUAUCAUCAAGUUGACGGUAUCGAUUAUAUUGAAACUUUUUCUCCCGUUAUAAAACUAGGUUCUGAUUCAAAGUUACUUUCUGACAUUAUUACACUUUUGCAUUCUGAAUUUUCUAUGAAAGAUCUUGGACCAGUGCAUCAUUUUCUUGGCAUAGAAGUUCAACGAUCUACCAACACUUUGCAUCUUUCUAAAACUCAAUAUGCUCAAACUAUUCUUGACAAAGCUCAAAUGCUAGAUUGCAAACCCAUGACUACACCAAUGGAAUCUAAAACCAAGGGUCUUCAUGAUGAUACUCCACUCUCUGAUCCUACUUUUUAUCGUAGCCAUUCACCAACUAUUGCUAGUAUGAAAAUGGUUCGGCGUAUUUUAAGAUAUGUUAAAGGGUCUAUUACUUUAUGUUUGCAUCUAACUGGAGAUACUACAUUUGAUCUUUUUGCCUUUUCUGAUGCAGAUUGGGCAGGUUGUCCUACUACAAGAAGGUCCACCACUGGCUAUUGCACAUUUUUGGGAUAA